AUGGCGGAUCUUGUCAAAUAUACUCCUCCGCCAUCACCUCCAUCGCCUACGGCAUCAUUCUAUGAUAUGAGUGACGAUGAUGAGGGUGGUUACAACACGAUCGCCCAUUCCCAGUCCGGCCGAGGCGUGAAGCUUCUCUAUUCCAAGAGCAAGGUUUAUGUCCACCCUACUCCCACUUCCAAAGAUAAUAUCCCCGGUUUCAUCGCCCUCAUCCAACAAAAACCCUCACCCGCCUCGAACCCCUCCCCCUCUCGUCCCAAUGACGCAGCCUCCUACCUGCUAGCCUGGGUACCCGAGUCAUCGCUAGGCGAUGCUUACGAUACAUAUGUGAAAGUUGAUCUUUCCGAUGACGCGUCCCCUCCCCGUCAAAGUUACCUCGUCCCGUCGCUUCCGACCACUACCACUCACAAAGAUCCCAUUGGAUUGUACUCUUUUGCGGUGCCCGUUUCAGAGAUAUACUCGCUUUUGAUACGCCCUCCAAGUCUUGGCUGGUGGUUCGGGAGUGUUGUAAUCAAUACUCGCGCCGGAGAUAGCUUUCCAGCGCUCUUUUUUCACGACAGUGAAUGUGAAUCGACAAUACUACAGAAGAAGAGACGGGUCAAGGAAAAUUUUGAUCCAUUCGAAAACGAUGGGAACUUAUUUUGGGGCGGGGAUGAAGUCCUUCGAUGGUUGAAGAGUUAUGUCGAUGUUCAGCGCUCAACCGUUGACAAGAAUGUAUACCUUAUCAAUCCGUCUGACGAGGACCAGCUGUCCUUCGGCAAAGGAAUGGGUGGCGUGGAUGGAUUGAUUACCUCCAAGGCACAACCUGAACCUGCAUCUGCCGGCCCUAGUGGACAGCGAGAUGCCGGUAUGGAUCCCAUAAUGAAGACAAUCAAGGAGACGCGUUGGAAGGUUCUUGAACAGCUAAGCAAAAUCACGACAUUCACACGGCGAACAGCGAAUGACCUCGCCGAGAACCCCCGCAUCCCACCGCAAGUCCGACGUCUCAUGAGAAACCCAGAGAUCCAAACCCUACAAGAUGAGUUUGAUAGCGCCCGGCUAUAUCUUGCUCGCUGGGCAAUGAGCAUCGCUGAGCAAAGUGACAAAGAACGAAAUCAGCGCAUUUGGACCGCUCAGGAUGUACUCGAAUCCGAGAACAGCUCCGUGGGUGACUUCGAAAUCCUCGAGUUAGAGACCGGGAACAUGGGCCUGCAAGAGCGGCGGCGGGUCCUUACGCUUGAGGAGUGGGAAGGAUUCUUUGACCCUACAUCUGGAAGACUGCAAUUAACUGUCGACGAAGUUAAGGAACGGAUUUUCCACGGUGGUCUAGAUCCUAAUGAUGGUGCUCGAAAGGAAGCUUGGCUCUAUCUUUUAGAAGUUUAUCCAUGGGAUAGUAGUCAUGAAGAACGCCAAGCAAUCAUGAAUUCGAAACGGGAUGAGUAUAUCAGGUUAAAAGCAGGUUGGUGGGAACGAAUGGUCGAAGGAAAUUCGACCGAGGAGGAGUAUGAGAAUUGGAAAGACCAGCGAAAUCGCAUAGAGAAGGAUGUGCAUCGAACCGACCGGACCAUUCCUCUCUUCGCUGGAGAGGACAUUCCCCAUCCCGACCCUGACUCCCCCUUUGCUGAGUCUGGGACCAAUGUUCAUCUAGAACAGAUGAAGGAUAUGCUUCUGACCUACAAUGAAUAUAACCCGGACUUGGGAUAUGUUCAAGGGAUGAGUGAUCUUCUCGCUCCUUUGUACGCAGUGAUGCAGGAUGAUGCGGUUGCCUUCUGGGCUUUUGUGGGUUUUAUGGACCGGAUGGAACGAAACUAUCUUCGAGACCAAUCGGGGAUGCGUUCACAGCUUCUGGCACUUGAUCAUCUCGUUCAGCUGAUGGACCCUCAACUCUAUCUGCAUUUGCAAUCCGCUGAUAGCACAAAUUUCUUCUUCUUCUUCCGCAUGCUCCUUGUCUGGUACAAGCGCGAGUUUGAAUGGAGCAAUGUUCUUCGUCUGUGGGAGACUCUCUGGACAGAUUAUUACUCUAGCAGCUUCCAUUUGUUCAUUGCAUUGGCAAUUCUAGAGAAGCAUCGUGACGUGAUCAUGGAUCAUUUGAAGCAUUUCGACGAAGUCCUCAAGUACAUUAACGAGCUUUCGAAUACAAUGGACCUUGUACCCAUCCUUACAAGGGCCGAGUCGCUAUUCCAUCGCUUCGAGCGGUCCGUCCAAGCCAUCGACAAGAAAGACAACUUCCCCUCGGCCCCCACAGCUACCCAGCGCCGGUCAUCAGGCCUGAGCGGUCAAGCAGCUGGGAAAGGGAAAACUCCCGAGAAGCCCACUGUGGGCUCCAGCACGGGUGCCAACGCGGGCUCUUCAGCCUUACAGAGAAUGAUGGACGCAGAUAAACCAAAGAUCAUCUCGCCAGAGUUGCGAGAGUUGCUUAGAAAGGACAUUCCCUGGAAACGACAACAGCAGCAGGAGAACCCAGUCUAG